AUGAGCAGAAUGAAGGUGAACCACACAGUUGUCACAGAGUUCAUCCUCCUGGGCUUAUCCAGUGAUCCAGCCCAACAGAAACUUCUUUUUUCCUUAGUACUUUUAAUCUAUCUGCUAACUUUAGUAGGAAAUCUAGCCAUCAUGACUUUGAUUUGUGUGGACCGGUGCCUCCAGACACCCAUGUACUUCCUCCUCGGCAACCUUUCAUUCAUUGAGAUCUGCUACACCUCUUCCACUGUCCCAAAGAUGCUCUGGAACCUCAUGUCAGGAGACAGGACCAUCUCCUUCACUGGCUGUGCUCUCCAGAUGUAUUUCUUUGUCACUUUAGGAGGCACAGAGUGUGUACUCCUCUCAGCCAUGGCGUAUGACCGUUACGCAGCCAUCUGCCACCCAUUGCGCUAUACCGUGCUGAUGAGCCAGCCAACCUGUAAAGGAUUGCUAACAGUUUCAUGGACUGUUGGCAACUUCAACUCUAUCAUCAACACAGCCUUGGUUUUCUCCCUUGACUUCUGUAAUUCAAACCAAAUAGAGCACUUUUUCUGUGACAUUCCUCCCCUUUUGCACCUCUCCUGCUCUGACACAAGACUGAGCAAACUGGUGACCUUUACAGUCUCUGGAUGUGGCAUUACCGUGUCCUUCUUCCUAACUCUACUCUCCUACAUCUUCAUUGUCUUCACUGUGCUCAAAAUACGUACAUCUCAGGGUCGGAUCAAAGCUUUCUCCACCUGUGCAUCCCACCUCACUGUGGUGAGCAUCUUCUAUGGAACCAUCAUCUUCACUUACCUAACUCCAUCCUCCAGCCAUUCCACUGAACAGGAGCAGCUGGUCUCUGUGCUCUAUGCCAUCAUCACCCCUCUGCUGAACCCUCUAAUCUACAGCUUCAGGAACAAGGAUGUGCAAAGUGCUCUUCGUAGACUGUUUGGAACAAACACAUAG